AUCGUUGUAAGCCGUUUUUUGAAGCAAUCAAGAAAGGGAAACGUUUUGAAUGGACUGAGGAAUGUCAAAGAGCCCUUGACAAUCUCAAGGAGACACUGAUCUCUCCCCCGACUUUGCAAAAGCCGAAAUCCAAGGAGAUGUUGUUCUUAUACCUCGGAGUUAGUGAAUCUGCCAUUAGCGCUGUCUUGAUACGCGAAGAAGGGUUGCUGCAAUCACCUAUCUACUAUGUCAGCAAAGCCUUGCACGAUGCCGAACUACGAUAUCCUCCGAUGGAAAAGUUAGCGUUCGCACUUGUGAUAGCAGCUCGGAAAUUACGACCAUACUUCCAAGAGCAUUCUAUAACUGUUCGGACUUCAUAUCCACUUCGGCAAAUAUUGCACCGACCUGACACCUCGGGGCGCAUGGUUAAAUGGGCCAUUGAACUCGGACAAUUCGACAUCCACUAUCAACCGAGGACUGCAAUCAAAGCCCAAGCCUUAUCCGACUUUAUCGCCGAGUUUACCCCGACAAUCACAAUUCAUUGCAAUAAUCAACCCUGGGUCCUCUAUAUUGAUGGCUCUUCAACAGCCAACCGAGCAGGUGCAGGGAUAGUCUUAGCUGAUCCGGAGAAUCGGUUAUUCU